UAAUUAUUUUCCGUUCCAUGUAUAUUUGACCUAUUUCUAAUAAAAACGUAAAAAAAUAAAAAAAGAAAAAAAAAAGAAAAAAUCUAUUAUAUUCUAUUCUAUUGUGACUUAAGAUAUGUGAGUAUUGAGCAAAUAAAACAAACUGAAAACAAGCUCAAACGGAAAUAGCAAAGAGAAACUAGUAUUAAAGCUAUGCAGGUUUUUGGCAACUAAAAUCAAAGAUCGUAAACUACCGCUGUAAUUUCAACACUAAAAUCGUUGCCAAAGGAAGAGAGAAAAAUGGAAGGAGAGUGAGAGAGAGAGGGAGAGAGAGAAUAUACUUAUAUAUAAUACAUAGCAUUCGAGCACGUGGGAAUAUAUGUAUUUCUCGAACAGGUCGCGUAGAAGAUCGUGUGUAAUGUCGUGUGUAAUGUUGCAAAAUUGCACUGAGCUUGAUUAGGUGUAUUUGAACACGCGAUCCCUACGAGCUACUUCCACGGUCGAUUGAUUAAAUACUCGCAUUCGUUUGGCCGUCCGCAUGCGAAAGUAGGCUUCUACUCUCGACAAUGUCAACAAGCUAUAUUGAUUUUCAUCUUGACAAAAAUGGAAUUGUUUGGAUUUAAAAAAACUAACGAAAACGAUCAGAUUUUAACAUUUCGAAAAAAUACAAAAAUUUGAAUUCGUCGACAUUUCGUGCGAAAUCAAAGACGCGCGCACGCGCACACACUUGUCCCGCUACAGGCAUCAAAUUGAAAUAUGGAGCUUUUGGUACCAACACUUUCAGAUAUCAUUUUCAAAUAUACCUGGUCUAUUGCAAAUUAUAAGAAAACUAUUUCGAAAAGUAGCUCGAUCGAUAGUCCAUCUUUUGAAUUGAACGUAAAUGGUAUUCAAAGUACAUGGAAUUUAUCUAUUAGAUUUUGGAAAGGACCCGAGGGCAAGAGAAUCAAAAAUCCAGUAGUAUUGUGUUUGAAUAUAUUGAAUUGCAUCGUGAAGGAGGCUGAACAAGUAAAAAUACGUUUUCAAUUUGCUGUAUUCAAUGCCAAUGUUAAACAUUGGGAAUAUUGCCAUGUUAGCAGAACCAUAUUGGAAUUAAAAUCAAAUAGUGAUAUUAUUUCACUUGGGUAUAGAGAUUUGUCCAUCGUUGACAGACACCUGAAGAAAAAUGGCGAGAUCGACUUGAUGGUAAAAAUACAAAUAGUACAAUGUGAAAGUGAAAAACAUAAUUUGUCACAGGAUAUGGCUAGAUUAUUGAAACAUUCACGUACAGCUGACACUAAACUAAUUUGUGGUGGAUUGGCUGGCAUAGAAAUACCAGUACACAGUAGCAUAAUAACUGCUCGUAGCAAUGUUCUAGGAGAAAUGUUAUCUCCUGUAUCCGUUUAUCCAAUAAAAACUGAGUUGGAAAGAAUUGAAAAUAACGAAUUGGAAAGGGAUGAAGAACAGAAAGGAUAUAAGGAAGAUCAAUAUCUAUAUUCAUUGGAAUUAUUAGAUAUUUCUAAGGACAUAACGGAAGAACUUCUACGAUAUAUUUACAGUGAUCAUGUCGAUAAUUUGGAUAAUCUUGCAUCUCAAUUGUUAUGUUUGGCAGAACGUUUUUGUUUACAAGGUUUAAAAGAACUUUGUGAAAGGAAUUUAAUAGAAACUAUAACUCCAUAUAAUAUAGCUAAUCGAUUGUUAUUAGCAGAUGAAUUUGGUUGUGAAGUAUUGAAAAGAGCUAGCUUGGCUUAUUGCGAAGAAAAUUUAACAGUACUUAAUAAAAGUUUAGCUUGGAAAAUGAUGGAACAAAUGAAUCCUGAAUUAUUCAAUGAAGUUUGCGAAACUGGAAUGGGAAGUUCUAGAUCUAGUAACAUAGAUGAUAGUGAAUUGAGUAAUUAAAUUUAUUCUAUUAUUCUACUUCAAUGGAUAAGUUUAAGUGAUAAUACUUGUGAUUAUUACUUAAACUGUUGAUUUUUUUUAAGAUGAUUUCAUCUUUUUUUUUUUUAAGUUUUA